UUCUCCGUUUGAAAUCCUGAGCGAUCUCUAAUCUUCUUGACUGAAGAAACCCUAAAUUUUCUGGCAGAUACACAUUGCGUUUCGUAUACAUUCCUUGAUCGUCACUUCUGGGAAGAUCACUCCCAGAUUUCAGAUUUUUUUUUUCCUGGUUUCAUCGUUCUGAAUUUUCUUGAUAGUAAUAUCGCAUUGCGUAUUGUGUGUGUGGGUGUUUGUGUUUGCAUUUGUUUUCGUUUAAAAACACUGUCUUUGAAGAGGAGGGGGAGAGUUUCGGAGGAAUUUGUUGGGGGGGGAUUUUGAGGGGAUGAAAAUCGGGCGAUGAACGAUGCCAGUGCAGCGUGGCGGAGUGCGUAGAGGCCGGAGAGUGAAUCAGCAGCCACAGGCGAACGAAAACAAUAAUCAGAAUCCGAUUGAAGAGGCGGGGAUUGCCACCAGGACGCGGAGGAGGAGAGCUGCGGCAGCGGCAGCGGCGGCGGCGGCGGUGGUGCCGAUUAAUGAUAACGUAGGCGGUCUCCCACCACCGGCAGCUGCGGCGGCGGCGGAGGAGGUAGUAGUCGCGGGAAAGGUGGAAGCAAUUCCCGCCGUGAAUAACAGAGUGGAGGUUGGCGAUAAGCUCAUGGUUAUGAACGAUCAAGGUGGCGGUGGCGGGAAGAGCGUUGAUAAAGGUCAAGCCGCCGAUGAUGACGCAAACGCCGCUCCCCUCCCAGAAAGGGUGCAGGUUGGGGAUUCCCCAAUUUAUCGGCUAGAAAGGAAGCUUGGUAAGGGAGGCUUUGGACAGGUCUAUGUUGGUCACCGUUUUACAGGGGGUGUUCUAGGUGAAAGAACGGGCCCUGGAGCACAAGAAGUGGCCUUGAAAUUUGAGCAUGUAAAUAGUAAAGGAUGUAGCUAUGGACCGCCUCAUGAAUGGCAGGUUUACAACACUCUUGGGGGCAGUCAUGGUGUACCACAAGUGCACUAUAAAGGCCGACAAGGUGACUAUUUUAUCAUGGUAAUGGACAUUCUUGGGCCUAGUUUGUGGGAUGUAUGGAAUAAUAACUCUCAUACGAUGUCCAUUGAAAUGGUAGCGUGCAUUGCUAUAGAAGCUAUAUCAAUAUUGGAGAAGAUGCACUGUAGGGGGUAUGUUCACGGGGAUGUUAAACCUGAGAACUUUUUGCUAGGACAACCAGGGACUCCUGAUGAGAAGAAAUUAUUCUUAGUUGAUCUUGGCUUAGCAACUAGAUGGCGAGAUGCCACAAGUGGUCUACAUGUUGACUAUGAUCAGAGACCUGAUGUUUUUAGGGGAACUGUUCGAUAUGCUAGCGUUCAUGCUCAUUUAGGCCGGACAAGUAGCAGGAGAGACGAUUUAGAAUCUCUAGCAUACACACUGAUUUUCCUCCUCCGUGGCCGUCUUCCUUGGCAAGGUUUUCAGGGCGAGAACAAGGGGUUUCUUGUUUGCAAAAAGAAGAUGGCUACAUCUCCAGAAGUUUUAUGCUGCUUAUGCCCACAACCGUUCAAAUUGUUUGUGGAACAUGUCGUGAAUUUAAAAUUUGACGAGGAACCCAACUAUGCAAAAUAUAUCUCCCUUUUUGAUGGAAUUGUCGGGCAAAAUCCACUAAUCAGGCCAAUAAACACAGAUGGUGCACGAAAGCUUAUAUACCAGGUUGGUCAGAAGAGAGGCCGGAUGACUUUUGAAGAUGAAGACGAUGAGCAACCAAAGAAGAAGGUACGCAUGGGGGUACCUGCUACACAGUGGAUCAGUGUUUACAAUUCUCACAGGCCUAAAAAACAAAGGUAUCACUACAAUGUGACUGACGCAAGACUUCCCCAACACAUAGAUAAAGGAUACGAAGAUGGCCUGUAUAUAAGCAGUGUAGCAUCCGCCAGUAAUUUGUGGGCGUUAAUCUUGGAUGCUGCUACUAGCUUUACACAUCAAGUGCACGAACUUUCUCCUUCCUUUCUUCACAAGGAAUGGAUCAUGGAACAAUGGGAAAAGAAUUAUUACAUCACUGCGCUUGCUGGAUCUACUAACGGGCAUUCAUUGGUGGUGAUGUCAAAAGGCACACAGUAUUUCCAGCAGUCUUAUAAAGUAAGCGAUCAAUUUCCUUUCAAGUGGAUAAACAAGAAGUGGAAAGAAGGGUUUUAUAUUACCUCCAUGGCCACCGCAGGCAGUCAAUGGGCAAUUGUCAUGUCUCGCGGUGCAGGAUUUUCCUACCAGGUUGUGGAAUUAGAUUUUCUUUAUCCCAGCGAAGGCAUCCACCGGAGGUGGGAUUCUGGAUACCGGAUAACAGCCACUGCAGCAACGUGGGACCAGGCCGCUUUUGCUCUAAGCAUUCCGAGAAGAAAGCCGACUGAUGAAACACAAGAAACGCUUCGUACAUCUGCCUUCCCAAGUGCUCAUGUUAAGGAGAAAUGGGCUAAAAACCUAUACAUUGCAUCGAUUUGCUAUGGUCGUACGGUGUCAUAGAUCCACACAACAUCACGAAGAACACAUGGUCCUGUUGAUAGCCGAAAGCCGGGCUAUUUCACAAGAUUGAUGCCCAGGCUGAACACUGAACAAGUGUUGGUUGGUACAAACUUUAGGGUUUUUAGUUGCGUAUCUGAGACUCUUUUCAGCAGAGAAUUAUGUCUCUCUGCAGUGUGAAUAGUCUGUUUUUUUAAGCCUGUUAUCGUAUAUAGGCAUGUGAAGAUGACAGGUGAAGUAACUGAUUUUACUAAAUAUAUAUAUUCUUCUGAAAA